AUGAACCUCAUCGCCGCGAUUGCCGGCCUGGCGGCUGCUCAGAUUGCCGUCGGGGCCAACGUGCAGUCAGUUUUUCAAUCCGACCAGCGUGCAAGCCCACCCAAUAUCCUCUUCGUCAUCACCGACGAUCAGGACCUGGAGCUGGGUUCCGUGUCCUAUACCCCGCGAAUUGCGAAGCACCUACGCGACCAAGGCACUUUUUUCCGUAAUCAUUUUGUGACAACCUCGCUGUGCUGCCCAUCGCGAGUGUCUCUAUGGACUGGGCGCCAGGCACAUAACACCAAUGUGACCGAUGUCAACCCGCCGUAUGGGGGGUAUCCUAAAUUUGUCGAGCGUGGGUUCAAUGAGAACUUCCUGCCAGUCUGGCUUCAAGAUGCUGGCUAUAACACCUACUAUACCGGAAAGCUCUUCAAUUCUCACACAAUAGAGAACUACCACAGCCCCCAUGUGAAGGGGUUCAAUGGGUCAGAUUUCUUGCUGGAUCCCUACACUUACUCCUAUCGCAAUUCAACCUAUCAACGCAAUCAUGAUCCCCCGGUCAGCCAUGAGGGAAAACAUACAACCGAUGUGAUUACUGGAAAAGCGCUAGGAUUUCUUGAGGAUGCGCUGGAGGGGGACCGACCUUUUUUCCUGACUGUGGCACCCGUGGCGCCCCAUUCGAAUAUCGACCCCGGCGUGCUGCAGGGUGGUAGGGUGACCAUGACGGCCCCGAUCCCACUGAUGCGCCACGAGCAUCUCUUUGAAGAUGUUAAAGUGCCUCGAACUGACAACUUUAAUCCAGAUAACCCGAGCGGAGUCAGUUGGAUCCGGGGUCUGCCUCAGCAGAACCAAACCGUCGUCGACUAUAAUGACCACUUCUACCGCUCUCGCUUGCGUGCAUUGCAAGGUGUGGACGAGCUAGUGGAUUCGCUGGUCGCUCGCUUAGAAGAGAGCGACCAGCUGGAUAACACGUACAUCAUUUACACGUCCGACAACGGAUUCCACAUUGGCCAACACCGGCUGCCGCCCGGGAAGACUUGUGGGUUUGAGGAGGAUAUCCGAGUGCCUCUCUUUGUUCGGGGGCCUGGUGUUCCUGCUGGACAAGUGGAGGACGCCGUGACAACCCACAUCGACUUGGCUCCCACCUUCUUCCAACUUGCAGGCCUUCCGGCACGCCAGGACUUUGAUGGCACGGCGAUUCCUGUGACGCCGGACCUUGAUGGUACACGACAUGUACAUGAACAUGUGACGGUAGAAUACUGGGGCAGGGGAGUUGCUGAAGGCUUCUUCAGUGACGUUGGUGGGUCGCCGAGCGUUGGAAUAAAGAUUGAACAGCAACGACUAACACAGUUCCAUACAGGCCCUGACGGCGCAUCAAUGAUUCCGAACAAUACCUACAAGUCUGUUCGCCUGCUGGGCGAGGGUUAUAAUCUGUACUACUCGGUUUGGUGCAACAACGAGCACGAGCUCUAUGACCUUUCGACGGAUUCAUAUCAGUUGCAUAACCUGUAUCCUUCCAACACUCGGGUGACCGAGGAGCCUCAGAUUCUCGGACGCAGUCUAUCCCAGGCCAUCAAUCGACUCGAUGCUCUUCUUUUAGUCCUCAAGUCGUGCCAGGGUGCCACAUGUAUUGAUCCAUGGGGUGUCCUGCAGCCCGCGGAUUCUAUUCGCUCACUCCAGGAUGCGCUCGAUGAGCAAUACGACGGGCUUUAUGACAAUCAACCGCAGGUCUCGUUUGACUGGUGUGAUGCAGGAUAUAUCAUCGAAGCCGAAGGGCCACAGACGCCACUGACCAGCCGUCAUGGCAUCUCUUGGGAUGUGUGGGUGUAA